CCAGAGCAGAAUGCUAGUGAAGUCACGACUAAAGUGGCAGGGCUUAUUCUGACGUCGUCGUCUGGCCAGCCACCGGCAGUCCUGGGCGAGCCUUCAUCAACAGCCCUCCUCCAGGGUCUAAUCUGAGCCCCUGAAGCCAGCAGGGAGCAUGAGGCGGCAGCUGAUGGCUGGGAAGGACGGGGAUCGGUUUCAGCAUCAGGGAGCCGUGGAGCUGCUUGUCUUUAAUUUCUUGCUCAUCCUUACCAUUCUGACAAUCUGGCUAUUUAAAAAUCAUCGAUUCCGCUUCUUGCAUGAAACUGGAGGAGCGAUGGUGUAUGGUCUCAUCAUGGGUUUAAUUCUACGCUAUGCUACAGCACCCACUGAUACUGAGAGUGGAACAGUCUAUGACUGUGGACCACUGUCCUUCAGCCCAUCCACUCUGCUGGUGAACAUCACUGACCAGGUGUAUGAAUACAAGUACAAGCGAGAAAUCAGCCAGCACAACAUCAGCCCGCACCAGGGCAACGCCAUCCUGGAAAAGAUGACAUUUGACCCAGAAAUCUUCUUCAAUGUUUUAUUGCCUCCAAUUAUAUUCCACGCAGGAUAUAGUCUCAAGAAGAGACACUUUUUUCAAAACUUAGGAUCUAUUUUAACAUAUGCCUUCUUGGGAACGGCCAUCUCCUGUAUCAUCAUAGGGUUAAUUAUGUAUGGCUUUGUGAAGGCCAUGGUGAGUGCUGACCAGCUGAAAAAUGGAGACUUUCAUUUCACUGACUGUUUAUUUUUUGGUUCACUGAUGUCUGCUACAGACCCAGUGACUGUGCUGGCCAUCUUUCAUGAACUACAUGUGGACCCUGAUCUGUACACACUUCUAUUUGGGGAGAGCGUGUUGAACGACGCAGUGGCCAUAGUCCUUACAUACUCUAUAUCCAUUUACAGUCCCAAGGAGAAUCCAAAUGCAUUUGACACGGCGGCAUUCUUCCAGUCUGUGGGGAAUUUCCUGGGGAUCUUCGCUGGCUCGUUUGCCAUGGGAUCUGCAUAUGCAGUUGUCACAGCACUGUUGACCAAGUUUACCAAGCUGUGUGAGUUCCCGAUGCUGGAGACGGGCCUGUUUUUCCUCCUCUCGUGGAGUGCCUUCCUGUCUGCGGAGGCCGCUGGCCUCACAGGGAUAGUUGCUGUUCUCUUCUGUGGAGUCACACAGGCACAUUAUACCUACAACAAUCUGUCACCAGAUUCCAAAAUGAGGACUAAACAGCUGUUUGAAUUUAUGAACUUCCUGGCCGAGAACGUCAUCUUCUGUUACAUGGGACUGGCACUGUUCACCUUCCAGAACCAUAUUUUUAAUGCUGUUUUCAUACUUGGAGCCUUUCUAGCCAUUGUUGUUGCCAGAGCCUGCAACAUCUACCCCCUAUCCUUCCUCCUGAAUCUGGGCCGGAAACAGAAGGUGCCCUGGAACUUUCAGCACAUGAUGAUGUUUUCAGGUUUGCGAGGAGCAAUCGCAUUUGCUUUAGCUAUUCGCAACACGGAGUCUCAGCCCAAGCAGAUGAUGUUCACCACCACCCUGCUCCUCGUGUUCUUCACCGUCUGGGUGUUCGGAGGAGGAACGACCCCCAUGCUCACAUGGCUUCAGAUCAGAGUCGGUGUGGACCUGGAUGAAUAUGUGAAAGAGGACCCCUCUUCACACCAGGAAGCAAAUAAGUUGGAUAAAAACAUGACAAAAACAGAAAGUGCUCGACUCUUCCAGAUGUGGUAUGGCUUUGACCACAAAUACCUGAAACCCAUCUUAACCCACUCGGGUCCUCCACUGACCGCCACGUUACCUGCAUGGUGCGGCCCGCUCUCCAGGCUGCUCACUAGUCCCCAGGCCUAUGCGGAACACCUAAAAGAGGAUGAUGUAGAAUGCAUUGUAAACCAGGAUGAACUUGCCAUGAAUUACCAGGAGCCAAGCCCUUCAGCAGGCAGGCCUCCCACAAAGCUAAGUCUGGACAAGAAAGCCUCACCCCAGACGCCAAGCAAAGAGAACCUCUAUGAGGGAGACCUCGGCCUUGGAAGCUAUGAGCUCAAACUUGAGCAGACUCCAGGUCAAUCACAGAUGGAUUAAUUGGCAAGAUCAGUGCAGAAGCCAUCACAAGUAAUGUGAGACUGCUGAGGAAGGCCAGCCCAGCUGGGGAGGUGUGGCAGCGAGAGCAUCAAUUGGAGAGAAUCAAAACCUUGCCACAGUACCCUCUCGUGCCUUCAGAAAAGAGAAUUUGUUACCUUCCCUCUUUGUUAUACAACAUAAUUUAAUUGUCUGAUGGCAGCUGGCUUUACUGCUGGAUUGGGUGGGGGGCCAGGGGUGUCAGGUCUAGCUGUCAUCGGGCUGAGUCUGCAGGUUCCCAUUCGGCAGGCAGCUCUCCAUCCAGGUCCUUCACCUGGACUGUGGAUUCGACCCCCUUCUUCGUUACAGAGUGUUAAUAAGAGGAAAAUAGCUUCUGAGUGUAAAAAUGAUGCGCCUGUGGGGGCAGUAAGUGAUAAGUCUUAUCUUUUCAGACACGACUCCACUUGUUCUAAUGACCCAGGACCAUACACAGGUUCCGGUUAAUGCCCAGUGCCCACUGGUGCUGGCCUCAGAAAAAUUCCCUGCUGUCCUUGAUGAUGUCCUUUACACACUGUGCCUCGACUGCGCCAAAGGGCUGCUUGUCACUAGGUGUGUCUACACCAGGUUCAGUGCCUCUUUCCCCUUUGGGAGAAUCCCUUCCAGAGAAAGCUGGUUUCUUUUCCACACUCCAUGUUCUGUGUGAGGAUGCGCCUGCCUUCCUCACCUUGCUUGCUUACAUUAGAGCCACUCUUGUGUCCAUAGUAGGUUCCCUCUGCAUGCUGGGUAGUCAGAGUUUACAGCACCUGUUGCUGUCCACGUGGGGGGAGGAGACUUGCAAGAGCCCCAAUCUUUCCCACGUUCAGCACUGGGAGCUGCUUGGCAGCAGAGGCGCUAAGGGAGUGAGGCUGAUGGCAUUUGGGUCACACUGAGGAUCCAAGGACAAGCAUCAGGACACCCCCCAUCCCAGCAUGGUUCAUGGCUGCAUUGAAAAGAACAAUGCUAUAGUUUCUAAUUCAGCUGCAUGACCUGUGCCUUUGAAGCCCUAAGAUACCUCAAGCCUAGCUUUUCUGGGAAAGCAGAGCCUCACAGUAGGCUCCAAAGAGCAGGCUCCACAUGUAGGUGCCCAGGAUAGACGGCUGGGUCUGCUUUUGAGGAAGUUGGGAAUAAUGUCUUCCUCGGGCUCAGAUCUUAAAACUAACGCAUGCUUUGCUGACCACUAACCAAGUAUAAGGACUUGAACCUUAACCUGUGGUGCCAGGCAUACUGCUGUGCAUGUCAGCUUUCUUGCUUCCAAAUAGUAGGAUCUGGGGCACAAAUUGUUUUAUACUCAAUUCAGUGUAAUUUUGCCAUUGCAAGCCAAUAUGGCAGACAGGGAAGUUUUCUAAUCUGACUUCAUCCUAAUAAAAGUUUAUUACAGAGCA